AUGGAAAUCAGAAGUAAGCCUCAGCUCCUCGUGCUCCUGGCACUUUGUAGCAUGCUCUUCUCACAAACAUUGGCAUGGCCUCUUUUUGGAGCACCUUCUGCUCUGAGGUUGGGUGACAGAAUAUCAUUUGAAGAAGCAAAUGAACCUGAUCAAGUUUCACUAAAAGCAGACACUGACAUCUUGCAAAAUGUGUUAGCUGAAAAUGACACACCCUACUAUGAUGUAUCCAGGAACACCAGGCAUGCGGAUGGAGUUUUCACCAGUGACUUUAGUAGACUCUUGGGUCAAAUUUCUGCCAAAAAGUACCUUGAGUCCCUUAUUGGAAAACGAGUUAGCAAUAACAUCUCAGAAGACCAGGGACCAAUCAAACGCCACUCAGAUGCCGUCUUCACUGACAACUAUACCCGCCUUCGAAAACAAAUGGCUGUAAAGAAAUACUUGAACUCAAUUCUGAACGGGAAAAGGAGCAGUGAGGGAGAAUCUCCUGACUUCCUUGAAGAGUUAGAAAAAUAA